CGCGAAACCCCGGAUAAGGAAGCAGGAAGUCGGUCCACAAGGAAGCGAAGCACGUAAACAAAGACAAAAAGAAACCAAAAUCAGACUACUGGACCACAAUGGCUGGCAUUAAAGCUCUGGUCGGAUUGUCUUUUAGUGGCGCCAUCGGGCUGACGUUUCUGCUCCUGGGUUGUGCACUGGAACAAUAUGGAGUUUACUGGCCGCUGUUUGUCCUGAUUUUUUACAUCCUGAGCCCGAUCCCAACCUUCAUAUCGCGGCGUCUCAGUGACGAUAUGGACUCCUCAAGCAACGCAUGCAGAGAACUGGCCUAUUUCUUAACAACUGGGAUCGUUGUGUCAUCCUUUGGGCUCCCCAUUGUCCUCGCCCGCAAUACCACAAUCCAGUGGGGCGCCUGUGGUCUCGUGAUGACCGGAAACGCCGUCAUCUUCUUCACAAUCCUCGGCUUCUUCGUGGUGUUCGGAGGCGGCGACGAGUUCAGCUGGGAGCAGUGGUAGAUGACAGGAAGUGAGCAGACACACGGAUGGACGGCAGACAAAAGUGUGAUCGUUCUCAAAACUGUUCGUAAGUUGUCAACGAGGGUCCGAUAGAAAGCGCGUCACCGUGCCUUAUGUCAUGGACAGCGUAACUAUAACCCACAUAUGCUCUAACCUCAUCACAUACAUAUUAUUUUGGCGUGGCUUUUCUCUCCAGCUGCGUUACGUCUUUAGGUCCCGCUUGACCACACUGCCAUGCUUUGAAAUGAGGAUCUAACUGACUCACUUACGUAACUAUUUCUGUUUAAAAGUGUAAUGUUGGGCAAAGUCAUCCCUACGUACGUGACGCGGGAUGCCCAUUUUCAUGUCACUUUUUUCUGCCUGAAAGUGGCCGUUUUCUGUCAUCCUUGUUGCUGUGUUGUACGUUCGAACCAAAGAUGGCUAAAGGUGGAGCCUGUUCAACACCAAAUUGUGCAUUAUGAUUGGCACUGAGAUGCCAGCUGAGGGGUUUAAGGAAGCACUGCUUUGAGAAGAGCAUUUCACUGUGUGAACCCUUUAAAAAAGUGCCUUUUAUAUUCCUAAGACUGUCAGCAAAUUCUAAUAAAUGACGUGAUUUUUUUUUUACAUUUUGAGUUGUAGCUGUAUAGUGGGGAGAAGUCAUAAUGAACUCCCCUUGUGAUAUAUCAUUAUCAUUUAGCCUCUUACAGACACAUGAAAAGCCCAUAUUUUUAUGGUAGUUAUAGUUUAGCAGAGGGGAACUGCACUUUUUUUUUUUUUAAACGUUUAUCCUUUUUCUAUGCAUUCUAACUCGUAAAUAAAUGCUAGCAAAAGUCAGCCAACAAUGCCGGUAAUGAAUUCGCUGUCUCUGGCCUAUAAAGCGCUCUAGAAAAAACAUCCAAAAACCUCCAUCAACGUCUUAUACACACCCUGUAAGUAUACAUGUAAUGUAGUAACAUGUAUAAUAAAAUGAAAUAUUUACAUACUAAUUUCACAGACACAUCACAACUACAGAUGCCGAUAAAUGCUUUAAAAUGUAAUAUCGGAAAUUAUCGGUAUCGUUUAUUUUUUUACUGUAUUUGUUUUUUGUUUAUUUAUUAAAUCCACAUAAAAAACACAAGAUACACUUACAAUUAGUGCACCAAGCCAAAAAACCUCCCUCCUCAUUCACACAAAAGGGUUGUUUCUUUCUGUUAUUAAUAUUCUGCUUCCUACAUUAUAUAUCAAUAUAUAUUAGGGCUGCAACAACUAAUCGAUUAAAUCGAUUAAAAUCGAUUAUUAAAAUAGUUGCCGAUUAAUUUAGUCAUCGAUUCGUUGGAUCUAUGCUAUGCGCAUGCGCAGUUUUUUGUUGUUGUUUUUAUUUUUUUUUAUUACUAUUUUUUUUUAAUAAACCUUUAUUUAUAAACUGCAACAUGUACAAACAGCUGAGAAACAAUAAUCAAAAUAAGUAUGGUGCUGUUUUUUUUCCAAUAAAAUACUGCAUAGGAUAGAAAUGUAGUUUGUCUCUUUUAUCCAAGUAUUAAUCGAAGUAAUAAUCGACAGAUUAAUCGAUGAUGAAAUUAAUCGUUAGUUGCAGCCCUAAUAUAUAUCAAUACAGUCUGCAAGGGAUACAGUCCGUAAGCACACAUGAUUGUGCGUGCUGCUGCUCCACUAAUAGUACUAACCUUUAACACUUCAUUUUACUCAUUUUCAUUCAUUACUAGUUUCUAUGUAACUGUUUUUAUAUUGUUUUACUUUCUUUUUUAUUCAAGAAAUUGUUUUUAAUUUAUUUAUCUUAUUUUAUUUUAUUAAUUAAAAUAAAAAAGCACCUUAUCUUCACCAUACCUGGUUGUCCAAAUUAGGCAUAAUAAUGUGUUAAUUCCACGACUGUAUAUAUCGGUAUCGGUUGAUAUCGGUAUCUGUAAUUAAGAGUUGGAGAAUAUCGGAUAUCGGUAACAAAGCCAUUAUCGGACAUUCCUAAUCACAACGUUCGCUUUUCUCUUCAACAACAACAAAACGACUAAUCGUGGCAGACUUCAUGGAAGACAACAAAGACUAUGUUGGGACAAAUGAUGAUCCGGAAACUUCUAUUUUUGAACCUGAAUAUAAGGAGGAUGAUAUACAAGUUUUAGAAACGGAGUGAUAAAUAGAUCCAGCAAGGAGCAGCAUUGCUGAGUACUAAACAAGAUAUACAAACAACGGACAUAAUAAAACAAUCACUUACUGUACAAUGUCUGCUCUCCUUGGGAUAAAGACUGAUGGGAUGUUUAUAUCUUUCCCCUUACGUGAACUGAAAAUCAUAAUCCUCACAAAGGGUUAAAAAAAAGGUGUGUCUUUUCGUGUCUUUCUUGCCAUCUCCGGGUCUAAGUUGGAUGUCAAAGUUGACCAACUUGUGGGUUUACGUCCACAACCUUCUACUAUCCAGGCGAGAGGCGUGAUUUAUAAUCUGGAAUUAACUUUCACCAACUCAUAGGCGAUGCAGCAGCUCAAUAUGUCAAUAAAGCAGCAAACGCUAGUUAGCUCUCUGUCGCCGCUAAAAGUAGUUCCUCGACGAUAGCGCUUUUAAUAACAAUAUCGCUAAUACUUGUUAAUAUUCAGGUCACGAUGGGGUGUUGUUGGUGGUUUUUUUGGAGGGACUUAUUAGCUGCAUUGUUAGCCGCCUCGUACUUGCCAUAUUUUACAAAUUAGAAUGCAUGAAAUGAGAAAACUGUUUUUUUUGUCUCACAUAGGGAUUGUGAAUGAUGGGCAAAAAAAACCGUGCAGGUCCCCUUUAACAGAGAGAGACAAAAUAUCAAUGAAAAAGUAUGUUAAGUAUUUGAUCCCCUGUGCAGGCUACAAGAAUUGUGACGCUAUGAAACAGGACAUUAAGUCUUGUCCCUUUUGAGCAAAAGGAAGCUUCAUCAAAUAUAUAGCGCACUGUUUGGCACAGUCAUUACAAAUAGAAGAACUCCUGGAGUAGUCAGGAGUUCACCACAAUUGUGAGAAAGGUGAGUGAUCAGCCCAGGUGGCACAGGUGGAGCUUGUUCAUUUUCACAGAGAAAACCAAGAAGAACCUACUUUGCCGCAAAGGAUUGUUUGAGCAUGAAGUACAGACUGGACUCAAACCCCCACAUUCAUGUAUAA